UUUUUUUUCUUCUAUUUUCCAAUGUAAUAUUUGCUGCAACUUUUUUUGUGUGGGUCUGUAGAAUUCUCAAUAUACAGAUAUAUUCAUGUCAAGUGUAUUGCGAGGGGAAUAAUAUUUUGGCUUUCGGUAGCCUAAAAUUCAAUAACGAUGCAUAAAUUAAAAUACUCUCAGCGAGACAAAGUGAAAAAGUUCAUCACGUUCACACAAACCGGCGAACAAACAGCCAUAUAUUGUUUGACUCAGAACGAUUGGAAACUGGAUCUGGCCAGUGACAAUUACUUUCAAAAUCCUGGCGCCUAUUACAGGGAACCCAAAAAUUCUACUGACAAAGAAAAAUUGGACAUGUUGUUUGGACGCUAUCAAGAUCCUGGUGAACCUGAUAAAAUAACAGCUGAUGGUAUUAUGAAAUUCUUGGAUGAUUUGGGACUCAGCCCAGAGAGCAAAUUAGUUUUAAUAAUAGCCUGGAAAUUUCGGGCUGAGACGCAGUGCGAAUUCACUAGAGAAGAAUUUAUGACCGGUAUGAUGGAUUUAGGAGUUGACAGUGUUGAUAAGCUGAAAGCAAGAUUGGGUUAUCUGGAGAGUGAGCUGAGAGAUUCCCAAAAGUUCAAGGACUUUUAUCAUUUUACAUUCAACUAUGCAAAGAAUACUGGACAGAAGGGUUUGGACCUUGACAUGGCUAUAGCUUAUUGGAACAUUGUUCUUGAAGACAAAUUCAAAUUCUUGCAUCUGUGGUGUCAAUUUUUACAGGAGCACCACAAAAGGUCAAUUCCUAAGGACACAUGGAAUUUGCUAUUGGAUUUUGCUCUGAUGAUAAAUACGGACAUGACUAAUUACGACGAGGAAGGAGCUUGGCCAGUGUUGAUCGACGAUUUCGUCGAGUGGGCGCAACCGCGAGUUCGUCAGUCGCUAUAACAUCAUGAUCUCACGCCUCGAGCCUCGUCGUUGCAUUAACGUACUUUUACUCUUUUUUUUCCUGAAAUUCCUUUGCGUUGCAUAAGAAUUGUGCUAUUUCUUCAAGUGAUAUACAAUGAAACGCGUAUCUCGGGCAACCCUGAGCAGGGGGAAACCGCAAGACGGGAAACUUCGCGCACGAUCGUUCCCGAACGAGCGAAAAAAAAAUGAAAAAUCUUCAACUCAAUUUGCAGUAAUAAUGCUCCAAUUCUUGAAACAUCGUCAUAUAUAAAACAGCUCAAUUUCAUAAGCUCAGUUUCGGGACGAAAUUGUCUCUAGAGUGCAACUGAAAUGAUAAAUGAAAAGAUCGCGUAUUUUCGAAAGUUUCAUUCGGCCGAAACGCUGCUGCUAAAUCCAUUGAAUAAAACUUCGUGUAGGUAACGGUUAUUCGAGAUUACGUUACAUGAAGAAAAUUGAAAAAGAAAAAAAUUGUUACUAAAGUUUAAGACUCCCUGAACGAACACGCCCGCACUCUGCAUUUGUAAAAUAUAAAAAAACAGCAAAAGCCCUCAACGAAAGAAAAGGCGAGCCUCAUAUUUUAUUCGGUCAUCAAUAUGUAGUCAAAUAUGCUCCAUUUAUUGUUAAGGCAAAAGGGCUAUUUUCCCACUUCAAAUUCUGACGAUGUGCAGAGAAAUAUGAAAACAUUCAUCAAUUCCAAUUUUGAAGAAUAAGAUUUACCGUUUCGCACUUUUCGUUCGUUGAGAAUAUUCAAAUUAAUAUUAAAGAACAUGUUUACGAGAUCUGGUGUGUUCGCCGGUGUGGUUCUGUGUGUAUGUAUGAUGAGAAGAAAUAUCUAAAGUUAGAGAAAGGUUUUGAAAUGCUGACGUUCAUUGUUUGGUCUUCUGGGAGGGGGAGGGGGAGAGUUUAGAAAUUUAUAAAGGAAAAAAGGAACAGAAAAUCGUAGAGCGUUUAGAUAAAGAUAGCGGCAAAAAGAAAAAAACGGAGAAAAACAUCGGUCAAAUGUCUCAUGGAUAUAGGAAGACGUUAAAUUUUUGAAAAUAGCACAAUGAACAGAGAAAUCGCUUAUAAAGAAAAAAAGCGUACUUAUAUAUAAUAUAUUAAAAUAUAUGAAAUGAAAUGAAGAGAUAAAGUUUUUCUCCUGUGCACUUUGAAAGGGAGAGAAAAACAAAUGAUGAUUCAACAGAAUAAAUUCAAUUAUCAGUGUCCACUAAUGAGAUAUUUUCAAUGGACGUAUAUUUUGUAUCGAUGAAACAGAAAGAAAAGAAAAAUCAAUGAUAAAAUGAUAACUUGAGACGGUAUUGACUUUUCAAGAUCGAGAUAAAUAUCGAAGAGUCGCGCGCGAUCUUGAAAGUUUGAAGAAAAAUGAAUUUGGGACUAAAGUCGACACGGAUAACCGACCGAAGGGAUGUGAAUUAUGGAGUGCGAAGAGAUUACAGCGUCGAGCAAAAGAGAUAGAAUUCUAACAUAUUUAGAACGAAAGUUUGUAUAUAAUGUAAAUAAAUGUGUCAUAAUUUAAAUCUACAUACGAUAUAGUUGAUUUUCGCUGGUUCAAACGAUUAAAAUGUGGACUCAUUCCUCAGGAAUAAUAAUGAUAAAAUAUAAGAACAAA